AUGGAUCAAAGGCUGAUUGAACUCAUGGAUCGAGAGAAGCCACAUCAUGUACAGCAGAGGUCGGCUCCCUGUGGCUCGACGGUCCAUGUUGACGAGCAACCACACCAUGAAGGUCCACCAGCGUCACAAGUCCUACUGCGAGCCAACAAAGACAUGAGCAUCGAAGCAAUGUUGCAGUGGGCCGUAUUCCAGCCAUACCUGGGACCUAAAUCAUCAGAAUCCGGUAUCAGAGGUCACCGUGAUACAUUUGGUAUCAUUGAAGAAGACUUUUCUCAGCUCCUGUGGCAUGAUAAGAUCAAUCUGCAACAGGGAGAGAUCAACGAUCUGGUCGAAAGCUUUAUCUCGGAGAUCCUACCCUCGAAUCCUAUCCUGGAUCCGGUCAAUCUACGACUACAAGCUCAUGAUCUGAUCACCUUCAACUCCGUACUACUUUAUAACGGUCAGAGUUGUCUUCUGCUUGUCAUUCUCGCACUCGGAAGCAUUGCUCGUCGCGACAAUAGCCGCAGGCAUGAACUAAGCGUUGAUAUUCCACGAGAGCAUCCUUUCUUUCUCGAGGCUGAGCGGUACUUCCGAGCAUCACAGCUUCGAUUGCCUUCGCUGUUACGGGAGAGUGACUUGCUCGCAGCGCAAUGCAUGUUCUUUACUGCCGUAUAUCUCAGUUUCACGAUGCGCAUAGUCGCCGCUUGGAAAGCCUUUGCCCAAGCCGGGACCCAUUGCCUGGCACAUCUGUCAUCACGCGGCAUCAUUGAUCAAACAGUUGACCUGGCACGGUCUCCGGACUCCAUAACGACGGACUUCUUCGAACAGCGAGUCCGAGAUGACAGUCUGUACUGGGUAAUUUUGAAAGGGGAGGCGGAGCUGUGCAUUGAGCUCGGCAUGGCGGGCUCUGCACUGCAGGAAAGCCCCUAUCCGCACACCUUUCCGAAUCCACCUCACUUGGCAGACAUGAUGGCGAAUGAGUGGCCCCAGACUUUGCGUGAAGCCACCGACCGGAACUACCUCAUGACCGGGUGGUUCUAUUACCUUGGCGAAAUCGCACUCAAACGACUCCAGAAUCGUGUUCUAGAUGCAAGACACGGAGGUUCCUCGGUUGAUCGGCUGACCCCAGCGAGGUGGGAAGAGAUCGCUUCCGACCUGCUGACUCAACUGGACGACUGGUACGCGCACACUCCACCACUAUCUGGCCCCAAACUAACUUAG